UUUAUUUGACGACAUAUUUAAAACAACCGGUGUAAAAUGAAGAUGUAUUUUGAAGGGCUGCACCGGAUGUGUUGCGUGUGGUUUCCGCUAUUGACGGCUCUGUGGUAAAAGGCGUCGCUAGUAAACACCUCCGAAAACUCACAGCGGACAUUAAACCUGCAAACACCGAGGUAUCGAACCUCCUCCGCGGCUCGUACCCACACAGACGCUGCUGCUCGGUUUCCCGGCCCCGUCCGCGGGUGUGUCAGUGACGGUCAGCGUCUCGAAGGACUGCCGGGGCGUUAGCCAGCUAGCUCGCUAGCACCUCCACCUAGCCGUAGCAGCAGCAGCAGCUAGCAUUAGCAUUAGCGCCAGGCGACAAGAUGAUCGCGCUCAUCAACAAACUGCUGGACUGGUUCAAGGCGCUGUUCUGGAAGGAGGAGAUGGAGCUGACCCUGGUGGGGCUGCAGUACUCCGGCAAGACCACCUUCGUCAACGUGAUAGCGUCGGGGCAGUUUAGUGAAGACAUGAUUCCUACAGUCGGAUUCAACAUGAGGAAGAUCACUAAAGGCAACGUCACCAUCAAGUUGUGGGAUAUCGGCGGUCAGCCUCGCUUCAGGAGCAUGUGGGAGCGUUACUGCCGAGGAGUCAGCGCCAUCGUUUACAUGGUCGACGCAGCAGAUCCAGAGAAAAUCGAAGCCUCCAAGAAUGAACUCCACAACCUGCUGGACAAACCGCAGCUGCAGGGAAUCCCUGUUCUGGUUCUGGGGAAUAAGAGGGACCUACCAGGAGCUCUGGAUGAGAAGGAGCUCAUAGAGAGGAUGAACCUGUCGGCCAUCCAGGACAGAGAGAUCUGCUGCUACUCCAUCUCCUGCAAGGAAAAGGACAACAUCGACAUCACCCUCCAGUGGUUGAUCCAACACUCCCGGACUAAGAGGAGUUCCUGAGAACAGAGACACGCCCCCUACCAAACAGGCCACGCCCAUACACAAUGACACACCCUCUCUCUGAUCCCCCCCCACCCAUCUCACCCCACUGCUCUUCAACAACAUCUGUACUCCCUCUCCCCACACUAUCACCCUCCCUACACCCACCCACCCCACCCCCCCGCCCUCCACCUCUGGAUGCAUUGAUACCUCUGGGUACUGGUUUCUCCGCAGCUGGAUCAAAGCCUCCCACAGUUCCCAGUUAAUCUCUUCUCCUGGUGAUUUCUCACCGUGAAUUAAACGACAACCAGUUUUUGUUCAUGUGGUAGUUGAAGAAAAACAAUUUCUUCAAUUCUCCUGACAACCUCACGGAAUCGUCUUAUUCUGUUUGACUGUGUGAUGAUUUUAAAUAUAAACCUCACUUUUCACAUCUUAAUAUAUAUAUUUUUUUGCCCAAUUUCUAUGAUUGUCGCAUCUGAAGAAAUCCUCCUGCAGCUCAGAGUUAAUGGCGGCGGGAUUGUUUCUGCAGAAAGACGUGAACACACAAGUUGAUUCAAACACUCGAAUCUGCGGCAGCGAGAAAAUGAGUUGCUCCACGUGGAAGAAACGCUGAGGCUCCAUUAUUAUCAUGGUAAUAACAGUAUUAACAAUAAUUAGGUCAAAGUGAUUCUGUGAAUGUUCCGUGGACGGGUGGGUGUGGUUUUAAUGUCUGAGGCAGAGUUCACAGCAGGAGCCCGAUGAAGUGAGGUCAUCUCGGUUUUAACAGUGACGUGGUAUCAGUGCAUCUUCACAGAUCCACACAACAACCUCCAUCAUGUUUACCUUCUUUAUUUAAUCAAACCGUCGGCCAUUUUGACUGUUGAUCUUCACCGUAACUGCCAAAAACUACAAACUGAUAAAAAUCCUUUUUGCUUUUUCUUUUCCAAAGGCCAUAAAAUAACACUUUGUUGUCUGGAGCCUGUUGUGUGGAUCUGAUCAUUUCCUAAUCCUAUUGCCUGCCAUCAUCAUUUCCUCUCCGCCUUCUUUCCCCACCCCUAUUGAUUUUCAUCCCUCCCUCUCUUUUCCCUCUCUACCUCCACAGCAUCUCUCCAUCCAUUAUUUCACCUUUAUAUAAUCCUUAGAAGCUCCUCUUCCUCCCUCGUCGGUUGUAAACUGCUUGUCCUCCUCUGUACUCCCUCUAUCUUUCCCUCCUUCCUUUUCUUAUUUUUGGAUGUUUCCCUCUUCCUCUCUUUCCUCGUCGCCCAGCCCCUCGCUGUCUUUCUCUCUCUCUCUCUCUCCCUCUCCUGCUGAGCGAGGGAUUAAAAACCUUUUUAUUGCACUGUUGAUUUUGGUUUUGUAAGAUAUUAAUAAUGAGAAUAAUGUUAAUAAUCUUCUUAUUGUGAUAUAUGCUGGUCUGUCCAGAUCUAAUGAAGUGGUACUUAAAACUGGAGAAGGAGAUUGUUAUUGUUUCUGUUCAUAUCUCUGUAAUAAGCUUUUUAUUUCUUAUAUGUUUUAUAUGGUUGUUUUUUAUUGUUUGUUGAGUUUUCUCUGGACGCUCAGCCGGAGUUCAGUGUUUCUGCUCUGAGACGUCUGCUGAUUGGACCAGGGGUGUCACGUGAUCAGGCUGCAAUGUUCACACCCUGGCUUUAAAUGGAGAAUUGUAAUAAGACUCAUUAAAAGCCACAAAUUACAUUU